AUGGAAUCGACGAACAAGACAAUGACCCGUCGCGCAGUCGUCUCAUCCUUCAUCUUCAAGUUCCCACCCAAUCGGGGGCCACAAGUAGCCCUGUUCCGGCGAAGCGACAGCGUGCGGACUUACCCCAAUCACCUUGCGCCUGUAUCGGGGAGUAUAGAGUCCGACGACCCUUCGCCCCUAGAUGCUGCCUGGAGAGAGAUCCGCGAAGAAACAACGCUUACGCCUGCAACGUUGACAUUGCUCCGCCAAGGAAAAGACUAUGUCUUUGCCGACGAGAAGAUUGGCCGCGAGUGGACGAUCCAUCCCUUUGCCUUCCGUCUCAAGUCGCACGACGAUGAGUCUCGCAUCCAGAUCGACUGGGAGCAUCAGGGAUUCCAGUGGUUCGAUCCCCACGAGGUCCGCGACGUCGAUGAGUUUGGCGGCGUACCGCGACUGGCCGAGAGUCUCAGACGCAUCUGGUUCGAGAUCGAACUCGGCGAGAGCAGAGGGAAGAUUUUGAGUGAGGGGCUGCUCGCACUGCAGAGGGAUCACGAAAGCGGCGCGCGGCAGCUGGCAGGCAAGGCGCUUCAAGUUCUUCUUUCCGUGAUUGAAGAAAAAGCCAGCGCAGAAAGGGAUGGCUCCGUGGAAAAGUGGUGGCGCAAUGCCCGGCUUGCAGCAUGGCAUAUCUGGAAGAAUGGGAGGGAGAGCAUGGGAGCCGCCAUCCUGAACAACAUUGUCCGAUUGCUGGCCAUCAUAGAAAAGGAGGUGCAGCAGGCCAUGGACGUCAAGGUAUCCCAAUCUUUCUUGGACUCUGUUACACAGAAGGUAUCCGAGUUCACAAUAUCGAGGGACUCUUCUAUCGACGGCAUCUGGAAGUCCUUUGAGACUUUCUUGCGACACAAUCACGGCUCUGGUCGGGCUAUUCGCAUUCUUACAUUAUCAUCAAGCUCCACCAUCCUAGAGUGCCUACAAAGGGGCAUCGCAAGCCUGGACUCGGAGUUUGACAUCCGCGUGCUUGAGUCUCGUCCCUUGUUCGAGGGAGUUUCGAUGGCGUCUAGGCUGGUCAAUCACCUACGAGAAUCAGGGCAGAGACAGAAGAAGGUCGACGUCUCAAUUUACACGGAUGCUGCCGCCGCAAUCGCGAGCAAGGAAGUGGACAUCGUCCUCAUCGGUGCGGAUAUCAUUGCCGGGGAUGGAGCGACGAGCAACAAGACUGGUUCACUCCCAGCAAUCCUCUCUGCCAAGCACUGCUCACCUCAAGCCAAGGUAUUUGUUCUGGCUGAGAGCGAGAAAAUCCUGCCGUAUGACCCGCCUGGAUUCGAAGAGAAUGAUGUUGAAGAGGUCAUCGCGUCAUGGAAACACAACAGCUCUGUACAAAAGGCCGCCUCGAAGUCUAUCGGUAGCUCUCAAGGGGUAGGUCCUGGAGAGAACAGGGUGAAGGUGAAUGUCAGAAAUGUGUACUUUGAAUGGGUACCCACCAGUCUCAUUGACGGAUACAUGUUCGAGGACGGGCAGAAGAGCUCGACUGAUAUUUCGGACAUCGCCGAGCGGAUACGCCGCGAAGCAGACGCUUUCUUCUCUGAUGUUUAA